AUGGCGUCGAUUUCUUUGCUUGACUCGCAUGGUGAUGUCGAUCUGAUAACCCCACCAGAUGUUUCUGCGAGCACCUUGAGACAAGCAUUGAAAGAAAUCAGUCUGAUAGUCGGGCCGGAGAAUGUCGACAUUUGUACCAAGGAGGCGAUGAAACCUGACGAGGAUGGGCACUACUACAACCUCCCGAAAGAACAUGACCUGUUCUACGUUUUGGAAAAAGAUAUCUUCCUCGCGAGUGCGGUUGUCCGGCCAAGUUCAACAGAAGACGUGUCCGCCAUUGUAAAACUGGCUAACAAGUACUUGACACCAUUGUGGCCUGUCUCUAUGGGUCGAAACCUUGGGUAUGGAGGUUCCGCACCCCGUCUUCGAGGGAGCAUUGUUCUUGACAUGGGUGCCCGGAUGAACAAAGUGCUUCAAGUCAGCGACCGAGACUGCACCUGUCUGCUCGAGCCUGGUGUUUCGUACUUUGCCCUCUACGACUAUCUUCAGAAGAACGGAUUCAAGCACCUAUGGAUUGACAACCCUGACCUGGGAGGCGGCUCCGUCAUCGGCAACGCCCUGGAUCGAGGUGCUGGCUACACUCCUUACGGAGAGCACUUUUCAAUGCAUUCCGGCAUGGAAGUCGUCCUGCCAACCGGCGAAGUGAUGCGGACAGGGAUGGGAGCCCUGCCGAACAACAACACCUGGCAGACAUUCCAGUACGGAUUCGGCCCGUAUCCUGACGGCAUCUUCACCCAGUCGAACUAUGGCAUUGUCACGAAAAUGGGCUUUUGGCUCAUGCCGGACCCUGGUGGCUACCAAGCCUACCUGUUCUCUUUCCAGAACGACACCGAUCUCCCGGCUAUAGUUGAAGCUAUCCGUGUUCUACGGAUUGGCAUGGUCAUUCAGAACGCGCCAACAAUCCGAUCAACGCUCCUCGAUGCUGCCGUUUAUGCCCCAAAGUCUCACUACACAGAUUCCAAAGACGUCCUCACAGAUGGCGAGAUCGGCGGGAUCGCUCAAAAGAUAGGGGUUGGCCGAUGGAACAUUUACGGUGCCAUGUACGGACCGAAACCAAUGCGCGACCUUCAGUGGGAAGUUCUGAAGAAUACUUUUAUGCAGAUUCCGGGAGCGAGAUACGAAUUCCCCGAACCUCUCAAAGAAGGAUCCCAAAAGACCGUCCUACACAUGCGCGAGGAGACCCUCAAGGGGAUCCCGAACACGUACGAGCUGGGCUGGCUAGACUGGACCUGCAAGCGCGGCUCGCUACUGGGAUUCUCUCCCAUUUCGCCCGCCACGGGUGUCGACGCCGACAAACAGUACGCGAUGGUGAAGCGGAGACUGGGCGAGUUUGGGUUCGACUACCUGGGCACUUUUGUCGUGGGAUGGCGUGAACUUCACCACAUUGUGUGCCUCACAUUUGACAAGUCGGACCCUGAUUCACGCAGACGGGCACACCGAUGCAUUGAACUGUUGAUCGACGACGCCGCAGCCGAGGGCUACGGCGAAUACCGCACUCACCUGUGCUACAUGGACCAGAUCGCCAGCGUGUACAACUGGAACGGCGGGGCGUCGAUGAAAUUCAACCAACAGCUAAAAGACAGUCUCGACCCGAACGGCAUCCUCGCUCCGGGCAAGAGUGGCGUGUGGCCGGCGCGGCUGCGCGGGCGGGGGUUCGAGAUUCAACGGACACAGCCGUACGUGCGUGAGAAUGGGAACGGGGAUAAAAGGAGAUGA